CGCUCGAUCGAUAGUCUUUUACUUUUUUGUUGCAAAGACAAGAUUGAUUGCCAGGGGUUAGCUCGUGCUCAAUUCCACUGCUUGCACCGCUCAUUAUUGUUUCAAUUAGGCAUUCUCUAGAGACCUUAUUCAGUGUGGCAUGAAAAUGCCGUGACCCUCUGCAAUUCACAUCAAACACCAGAUGUUUGCCAGGAGAACCUCUGACACCAACUUUAUUCAGGUUGAGAAGUGAAAGCACCAUCCAAACAAGUGGAUUAAGCAGGAGGUGGUCUGUCAGCGGGGAAGCAUGGGGAUGACCGGGGGAAGUUGCGACUCGCGCCAGUGAGGAGGAAAUAAUGACAAUGUUACCUUCUCGUGAAUUAUUAAGUGCCCUGUUCUUAUUUUAGCCCGACUCAAAAUGCUGCAUUUUCAUCUGUGGGUCUGAGGCUGUGUGCAAGGGUAUUUUUUUUAUUUUUUUAUUUUUUUUGACAGCUGUAUUACUGCUGAUAAGCGAGACUGUGUGAGCUGAUCAAGUAGUGAGACAAGCGUUCAGAGCAGUAGCAGCACAGCAGCAGCAGCGCUGUAGUCACUAGGAGCCGUGGCAGCAGAAGCAGCAGCAGCACUAUCAGUCACAGCACAGGCAGCAGCGACAGCAGCAGCAACAAACUCUCUCCCGUCUUUUUCUUUUUGGAGUUGUUUCCUGCACAGACGACAAAAGGCGAGGAAGUGGGAGAGAAGUGAUCCAGGGCUUAUAGCUGUCAUCAAAAACAAAACCAAAACGCAGACCUGGCUGCCCCCAUGCCUAUCGAAUUUGUUUGCAAAAUCAAAUUUGCAGAGGAGGAUGAGAAGCAGAAAAGCAAGCAGGAUGGGGACAAGGAGAGCCUGAUCGAGGAGAGCUGCACACCUCCGGCCAAGGACCUGGCCGGGUUUGCUAACUCCUGCUCCCUUCAUGGGAUUAACCAUAUCUUUGUCUCUGGUCGGCUGGGCAUCCGGCAGACUCUCUGGGCUCUUGCCUUUUUGACUUCACUGGCACUCUUUCUGUACCAAGCAGCUAAGUGUGCCAUCUCUUACCUGGAGCACCCUCACGUCACAGCUCUGAAUGAAGAGGCGACCCCCGAGAUGGUUUUCCCCGCUGUGACCAUCUGCAACAUAAACCGCUUUCGCUUCUCAGCGCUCACCGAUGCUGACAUCUACCACCUGGCUAACUUGACAGGUCUGCCCCCCAAAAACAGGGACGGGCACAAACCCACUGAUUUAAUGUAUCCUGCUCCUGACAUGCAGGACAUUUUCAACAGGACAGGACAUCAGUUAGAAGAGAUGCUCAUGAGCUGUAAUUUUAGUGGACAGAACUGCUCAGCCGAGGACUUCACUGUGGUGUACACCAGAUAUGGGAAAUGCUACACUUUUAAUGGCAACAAGACUACAUCCAGGAAAACCAAGCAGGGUGGAAUGGGAAAUGGGCUGGAGAUCAUGUUGGAUAUUCAGCAGGAUGAGUAUCUGCCAAUCUGGAGAGAGACAAAUGAGACAUCCCUGGAGGCCGGCAUCCGUGUUCAGAUCCACAGUCAGGACGAGCCUCCUUACAUCCACCAGCUGGGCUUCGGUGUCUCUCCGGGCUUCCAGACCUUUGUUUCCUGUCAGGAGCAGAGGCUGACCUACCUGCCCCAGCCCUGGGGGAACUGCCGCUCCACCAGCAAAGAGAAGUUCCCAGGAUACGACACAUACAGCAUCAGUGCCUGUCGCCUGCUCUGUGAGACCAACGAGGUCCUACGAGUGUGCAAAUGCAGAAUGGUGCACAUGCCCGGAACCGCAGAUAUCUGCCCUCCCAGUAAAAUCAACUGUGUUGACAAAGCGCUUGCACAGCUACAGAAGAAUAGCGGGGACAUCUGUCCAUGUGAGACGCCCUGUAAUCUCACCCGCUACGGUAAAGAGCUCUCCAUGGUCAAAAUCCCCAGCAAGGGCUCAGCUCGCUAUCUCUCCAGGAAAUACGACAAGUCGGAGGACUACAUCAGAGACAACUUCCUGGUCUUAGAUAUCUUCUUCGAAGCUCUGAACUAUGAAACGAUUGAGCAGAAGAAGGCAUACGAUGUUGCAGGUUUAUUGGGUGACAUUGGUGGACAGAUGGGUUUAUUCAUCGGAGCCAGCAUCCUGACAGUCUUAGAAAUACUGGAUUAUAUCUAUGAGGUGAUCAAGCACCGGCUACAGCGUCUGGUGAGGCCGCAGAAAGAGGAGAAGAAGAACAAGCAGCAGGCCAGCACUGUUGCAACAGUGGGUCUAGAGGAAAUGAAAGCAAAGGAGCCCAAUGACAUGCCACGGAGUCACCCAGAGGGGGCCUAUGCUAACACGAUUCUCCCCAACCACCACGUCCCUCAUCCUCACCCCCAUCCUCAUCCUCACCACCACCAUGCCGGACACCACGGGGUGUUUGAGGACUUUGCUUGCUAAAGCCAACCAUUGUUUCCUGUCUUGGUGACAACAGAAGAUAAGAGCUGUCUGUGUUGAGACCAAUAACAGACCCUUGGCAUUUCCGUCACUCCUUUGCUGUCACCAGUGAAAAGCUACAGCCAAAGUCAAACACCAAACUUGUGCUGCUAACAAACCACUUGUACGUACAGUAUGUAGGCACAAAACGGACACGGCUCUUUCUCCUUUCCUUUUUUUUUUUUUUUUUUUGCUCUAUCUCUCUCUCUGUCUCUGGAUGGGAUCCCACUCAACAUCGCCCCGCUUCAUGUUAUGAUUCAAGACACUUUGUGAUUUCAGGACCAAUUUUUUGGUACAUGAUCACUACGAGGGAACAAGAGGAGGACUGCAUGUCACCUUGAUCCAGUUUAUAUUCCAAAAAAAGAAAGAAAUAAGAAAAAAAAAGAUUUAUUUAUUCAGCUAGCAUCUCAGAUUUUUUUUCAUCUGUAUCCUUCCAUGUAUGUCUCUUGAAACUGUUUCUCUUACUUCGAGGAGAACACAGUGUACCAUAUCAAGUCAUCUACACAAUAUAUUAUGUAAUUAUUUAAAGAGAUACUAUUAUAUGUUCUAUAUUGUAUACAAGAUGACAAUAAUUCAGUAAGCAUACCUUAUUCACCAUCCAAAGUAUGAAGGGAACUAUUUAGGCUGAAAUAUAUGACCUUGGCUUAGAAGAUCUAUCAGCAUCUUUCCACAUGAUACACUUUGUCUGGUUUGUGGUUAAGGUGUUAGAGAGUAGCAUUGUACCUGUACAUAAAGUCCAACGUAAAAAUGAGAAA